AUGCCUCCUAAACGGUCGUCAAAGGUCACUGCUGAGGUCACGCUCCCGGACGACCUCCUAACGGAUCCGAUCACCACGCCGGCUCCUGUUGUGGAUGGGGCUGAGAAGCAAGGCUCAAACGAUGCGGUUACUGUUAAUGCAGUCACGGACAAUGCUGCGCAGUCCGUCAAGGAAUCGGCUACUACUACUGCUGCUGACGUCGCCGGUGGUUCUGGACUAUCAGUGGAAGAGAAGUUUCAAGACAACCAGGCUCCUGUUGCUGUGCUUGACGAGUUCCUGGAGGAUGAUGAGGAUGAAGAGCUGGAGAUCGACAUUGCCAAGGAAGAUGCUUUUCGUCUUCGUUAUACAGCAAUCUUACUCAUCCCGAUGGUGCUUUCUCAGGAGAUUAAGGCCAUUAUUGCUGCAGUGCGUCUUUUGAUGACCAAGGUCUGGAGCUCUUCUCUAACCGAGAACGCUGGGGUGACGGCUAACAUACAGGAGAUGAUACCUGGUUUCGUCGCGAAGACACGAUUCUGCCGGCUUCAAAUCUCCUUCCUCGACGAACGGGAUGCGCAUCACAUCAAGUUUCAUGUUUUUGAGUACCAGAAGGCGAAUGCUCCGGCGAUCAAGUGCAUCUGGCAGCAUACAGAGAACGCUUCGUACCUUAAGGAGAAGGCUACUCGUCCCCUUGCUAUUGAAGUGGUGUUCCGGCGAGUGCCCGCUAACAUUGUCCCGGAUGUUUUGAAGGACCUGCUUGUCCGUUUCAAACUGAAGAAGCGUCAGCAGUCGGCUUUCAAGGAAGGGUUUGGUUUCCAUCGGGUGGCUCACCCACUCACCGGAGCUGACACCGAUGUUAUCAAAGGCCUGGUCGUGCAGCAUCCUGGGGAUCGUUAUCGCUGGCGCCACAUGGUCGACAGCCCGAUGGGCUGCGUCUCUACCUCCGCUCUCGUCACCCCCAUACUGAAAGAUCCAUCCAUCGCUCUUGUCUCGACCGGCAGCAACCGCGAAGAAUGGAUCUGCACGCAAGUGUGCUGCGGGAAGGCGAAGGGGAAAACUUUCUUGGCUGCGGCGGAUCACAUCAUCUCUUCGACUCACCUGCUGAACCAGGAGAAGAUGGGUACUGCCACAAAAGCCUCCAUGGACAAGGCUGCUCUUGCCGCCCUGGGCAGGCCUGGAAUUCGGAAAGCGGUAGAGGCUGCCUUGGCGAAAGCGGCUGAGGAUGGAGAUGGUAAUUUCGAGUUACUACUUGGGAGGCUCAAUGCUGGUUUACGUGCGUACAUGAAGGAGGAGAACAAAAGAGUAAAGAAAACAACGGCUCAUCUGGCGGAGGUAGUGGCGGAGCUACAUCAGGAGCAGAUGCGCAACCCGAGCUGUCUAAAGACGAGUGAUCUGUUUCACGUCAGGGACGCGCAGCUGAGAGAGUACCAUGCAUCAAAACGGGACAGACUUCACGUGAUGACAGGGACGGAUGCGGAGUUAGCUGGGGAGGUCCCUUCGCCUUUCCUAUCGGCGAGAGUCAAGGUCAGGAAGCAGAAGACACAGAUUGCAGAGCUGAAGGUGGGAGGCGUCAAGAUUUCUGACUCACCCGGGAUUCUGACGGCCGCGACGCAGUAUUUCACGGACCUUUUCGGCACUGACGGUCGGACAUCAACAGAGCGGUGGAAACCGCUUGCUGGGAGAAAGUUGGAUGCAGAGUCGGCGGCUGGGCUCGCAGCAGAUUGGACAGAAGAGGAGGCUAAACAGGCCAUCAAAGCGCUUGCAGACGGCAAAUCACCCGGGAAGGAUGGGCUCCCGAAAGAGCUGUUUGAAAGACACUGGGAUGUCCUCGGCAAGGAGUUCCUCCGCAUGGCGCAAUCCUUCUCGGUUUCAGCAACCAUUCCUGCAAGCAUCAAAGAAGCGAUUACUAUUCUGCUCCAUAAAAAGGGAGAGAAGGACAAUCUAGACAACUAUCGUCCGAUCACACUUCUGAACUUCACGUACAAGGUGCUGGCGCGGGUGGUGGCGAACCGGAUGAAGAUGCACCUGCACAAGGUGAUCUCGGCGGAGCAGUACGGCUUUAUUCCCGGCAGGAGAAUCUCGGAGGCCAUCGGUGUGGUUGCUGAUGUUAUUGAGGCGGCGAAAAAGGGGAAUAAAGACUGGUACAUGCUGCUGGUAGAUUUCCGCAAGGCCUUCGACUCGGUGUCUAGAAGCUUCCUUUUCAGCACCCUCAAGGAAAUGGGCUUCCCAGAGAGAUUCGUCGGCUGGGUGGAAGGUCUGCACAAAGACACAAGAACAAGGUUAUUAAUCAACGGUUGGCUGGGGGAAGCAGUGGAAGUUAAGUCGGGGGUGAGACAGGGCUGCCCACUCGCUCCGUACCUGUUUCUCUGCGCGGUGGAACCGCUGGCGCAAGAGGCAGAGCGUCGGAAGAUUGGUCUCUGCAACAAGGCAAACCAACGGUUAGCGUAUGUCGGUUACGCGAACGACACGACACUCUUUUUGGAUGGGAAAAGACAAAUCGCCAGGGCUGAGAAGCUGUUAGCCUGGUUUGCUGGACUGUCAGGGCUGCAGACGAACAAGGGCAAAUCGGUGAUCCUCCCGAUCGGCCACAACAUUGGGAGGAGACCAAGGACGCUGGGCGGCUUUAAAUGGGCCAAUGCGGACGAAGCGGAGAGAGUCCUGGGAGUCUGGGUCACCCCCUCUGGAAGCAGUGAGCCGACCUGGAAGCGGGCUUUUGAAAAAAUAAUAGUGGAGUUGAUUAAGUGGAAGGCGCUCUUCCUCACGAUUGCGGCGAGGGUUGUGAUUAUCAACUGCUACAUCACACCGAGAAUAGCAUACCAGGCGCAGGUCUAUCCCCCGUCAGAGGAGAUCUGGAAGAAGCUCGUUAAGCUGAUUCACAAUUUCUUAACGGGGAACAAUGCAUCGGCUGAGAAAGGGUUUGUGCUGUGGAACUGGGGGCUGCUUACCACGCCGAAAGCCGACGGAGGUCUCGGAGUUCUGGACCCAGGAGUGCUUCUCGCCUGCCUUGCCGCGAGAAGGAUUGGCUGCUUGCUGCUGGAGAAGAACCAAAAAAAAAGGGAAAUCACGCUCAAGGCGGCGGGAUUACCGCUCGGAGAGGACACGUUCCUGGCUCAUGAACGGUUGCUGAAGCACUGGCCGGGAGAAAACGAGCGCUGGUUACAGACAUGCGAGACUUUCAUGAAAUCCCCGAUGGCGGACACUGGGAAGUCAGACAGCAAAGAGGAGGUGGCGCAAGAAAGGGUGGUUUUUAACCGGAAGCUGCUUCUGAACUGCACGAACCCAGUGGGUGGACAAAAGGAGGCUAAGGGCCUCUGGGGGACGAGGCUGGGUGACCUGGUAACCACGCGUCAGGACGGUACGGUGGAGAUUAAGGACAUGGAUACGCUUGAGCGGGAGCUGCGUAGCAGGGACUCAGCCCGGCUGGCUCUCAAAGCACUUGAUGCAGCCCCGCAGGAAUGGAAGGAAGUGCUCAUCCCGGAUGCCAGUGGCAAGGGGGCUGGAUCUGGGGUGAAAAAAUCGUCUGGGAACAGCGGCGGUGGCGAACAUGCAGCGGCUACAAUUUUUCGUUCGGGGAUUUUCACGAACGGGCAGCUGUCAUCCCUGAAGCAGCUGAGGGAAUCGUGGGCUGUGCCAGUCGCGGUCUCCACGAAGCAGGAGAAGUGGGUCGGCAAGUGGAGCGGGAAGAUAGACUGGGACCGAAUUAUCCACACCAGAAACUCGCUUGCCAUCCCGAACCGACCGCGUGAUGUCCUUACGCCCUGUGGUUUCUGGUCUCUGGCGCGCUCUGCGCAUGCUCAACCCCACAAGGACAUCUGCCACGCUCGGUGA